AUGGUAGACAAGAUAAGAAAUACAGAGUUUGAAACAAUUGCACUUAAUGAAGAGUGCAGUGCUAGAGUUCAGAGUAAACUUCCUCCUAAGUUGAAGGAUCCUAGGAGUUUCACAAUUCCUCUAUCUCUUGGAAAACAAGAAGUAGAUGAGGAAAUGCCCAUUAUUAUUGGGGGACCAUUCUUAGCUACUGGUGGAACAAUUAUUGAUGUAAGGGAAUGGAAAUUUAAGAUGAGAGUUGGCGAUGAGGAAAUCACUUUUAAUGUGUACAAGGCACUUAAGCUCCCUAAGUAUUAUGAUGAAUUGUGCAUUAUUACUGUGGUAGAAGUGAAGGGGAUAUAG